ACAAAAACACACACAAAUUAAACACAAACAGAACACAGAUCUGUUUGAUGUUUUCCAAUGGAAGAAAAACUAAUACAAAGAUUAGAGGCAGCUGUCGUGCGGCUGGAAUCACUGUCUGGCGGUCCUUCUCAGCCACAUUCUGUGGCAGGAUCAUCAGGCUCAUCAUCUGAUCCAUCCAUUCUCGCAUUUGAUGAUCUGAUGACAGAAUACGUGGGAAAGGUUUCCGCUUCAGCCGAGAAGAUCGGUGGACAAGUUAAGGAUGUUACGAAUGUUCUUGCUGUGGCUUUUGCCUCUCAGAAAGAUCUUCUUGUUAAGAUCAAACAAACUCAGAAACCUGAUGCAGGUGGAUUGGCGGAAUUUCUGAGGCCUUUAAACGAUAAGUUAACCGAAGCAAAUAGCAUGAGUGAAGGACGGCGUUCUGAUUUCUUCAACCACUUAAAAGCUGCUGCUGAGAGUCUAACAGCUUUAGCAUGGAUUGCAUAUACAGGAAAAGACUGCGGAAUGAGCAUGCCUAUUGGACAUGUUGAAGAAUGUUGGCAGUCAGCUGAAUUUUACAGCAACAAGGUUCUUGUAGAAUACAAAAAUAAAGAGCAAGAUCAUAUAGAAUGGGCCAAAGCUCUCAAGGAGCUAUAUGUACCAGGGUUGAGGGAUUACGUAAAGACUCACUAUCCUUUGGGACCUGUAUGGAGUGCUACUGGAGCUACUGUAUUGGCUCCAGUCAAGUCUUCUAAUCCAGGUGCUCCUGCUGCCCCAAAUCCUCCACCAGCCUCACUUUCAAACUCAGGGGCUUCUUCAUCUUCUUCUUCCGGCUCAAAGCAAGGAAUGGCUGCUGUUUUUCAGGAAAUUAGCUCAAAGCCCGUGACUGCUGGAUUGAAAAAAGUUACAGACGAUAUGAAGACCAAAAACAGAAAAGAUAGGGCAGGGUUUGUCAGUUCUGGUGAAAAAGAAGUCCACAAGAGCGUGCCAAACGUUGCAAAAGUUGGCUCUCCAAAGUUUGAGCUUGCUAUGGGUCGGAAAUGGGUCGUUGAGUAUCAGAUUGGCGUUAAAGAUUUGACUAUUGAUGAGUGUGACCCGAGGCAGACAGUUUAUAUUUUUGGCUGCAAAGAUUCAGUCCUGCAGAUCAAAGGAAAAGUUAACAACAUAACUGUUGACAAAUGCACAAAAAUGGGUGUUGUAUUCACGGAUGUUGUUGCUGCUUUUGAGGUUGUUAAUUGCAACAGUGUUGAGGUGCAAUGCCAGGGUGCAGCCCCUACCAUUUCAAUUGACAAUACAUCAGGUUGCCAGUUAUUUUUAAGCAAAGAUUCUCUAGAUUCUUCGAUAACAACUGCCAAGGCCAGUGAAGUCAAUGUAAUGGUGCCUGCCAAAGAUCCUAAUGGUGAUCUGGAGGAGCAUGCUUUGCCACAGCAAUAUAUUCACACUUAUCAGGAUGGGAACUUUGUUACAAACCCGGUCUCCCACUCUGGAGGGUUGACUGCACCUAAAAGUUUGAGGGAUUCGGAGAGUAAUGCUAAUUCCGUUAAUGAAAGUAAUGCCAACUACAUAAAUGAGCAUAAUGCCAACAACGUUGAUAUCCAUAAUGCCAACAACGUUGAUAGGCAUAAUGGCAACAACGCUAAUGUGCGUAAUGCCAACAACAUUAAUGAUCAUCAAUGGUUGUAUUAUAUGUUUGUAGUUUUACCUGUAGUGAUUGCUUUGAUAGUGGCCCUAUCACUAUCAUCGUCAUCAUCAUCUUCAUCUUGACCCAUUGGGUUAUAAUAAGUGCUAAUUUAUGUGGUUGGAACUUUGGAUGAUGGAUUUGCCUAAAUAAAACUUUACAUCUGAA